AUGCCCGAAGCGGCCAUGUGUGACGACCCGUCAUGCCCCCAACCGGAGGCCUCAACGGCCUCCGGUCUUCCCCAGGAUUUGUGUCUGGCUCGACGCGGUGGAACCUCUAGCGUUCAAGGUCGACGAUGGCGCGACACCUCGAAGCGGCGGCGGCCGUUUUGGGUUCCCCUCGUGCUGCUGUGCUGGAUCUCGUGGGUAUCGCCCGCAACGGCUGUGCUGCUGAAUUUCGACAACUGCUUGGACAAGGCCCGUCUGGACUCGGAUCCACGGCUGCUCCAAUUUGUGCCUCUAGAUGUCUCCGUCACAUUCAACCUGACGGACCCGCUCCGCCCACUGAACGUGACGGUCUACGGCAACGUGUCUGGCACCGUCGACGGACGCGCAGACUAUCCACCGGCGGAUGAUCCGCAGUGGAACAACCCCAACAUUACUGUGGGCAAGAUCGAAGACCUGAGCGACUCGAACAACAAGUAUUCGACCCUGAUGACCGCGUUCGAUGUGCUCAACUUUGCCCCCUAUCACGAGCCCCUACGCUUCUGCACCCAGCUCGGCCAAGGCGAGUGUCCCUUGGGACCGGUGUUUGGUGUCAACGCAAGUGAUUUGAACCAACUGCACUCCUUCUCCGUCCAGCAUGACAUGCUCUCCUCCUACCGAUUCUCGACCAUCUCGCCCAAUUUUGUCCUCCUAUCUGGCGAUGUCUCCGCCGCUGAACUGGGCUGUAUCUCCGUGUCCAUCACACCCGACCUCGGUUCCUCCCUCAAAAAUGCUCUGGCCUAUGUGCCACUCGUCAUUCUGGUGUUGGUGGGGAUCGCGACAAUCACAGCUGCCAUGUACAGUCCCUGGGGCACAACGGAUCCGUUUCGAUGGACGAGCAACUAUGGUCGCGACGAAGAUAUUCUGCGACUGGUCACUCCCGGCUUUGCUGAUUGCCUGCAGUACAUUCAGUAUGUGGUGUUGACGGGUGCUCUAUCAUUGAAUUACCCAGGCUUUUACCAGCCAACGGUGAGCCAGGCGGCUUGGUCGUCUCUCAUAUUCAAUCAGAGCUUCGCCAACCCAGGCAGCGGCUAUAACCCGGUUGUGGACGGCGUCUAUGCGAUUAAUGGGACCUAUGGCUUGGAUCGGUUCAACCAACUGGUGGGAAUGGCUACCACGCACGAUAUCUGGCCAGGUAUGAUCAUAUGGCUGCUGGUAAUUUUGGUCAGCGUCACGCUGCUUGUCCAGGCUGGCUUUGUGUUGCGUUGGGUUCACCGCGAGUUGGCGCAUAUUCCCGAGCAAGACUUGCGCGCCAAGAACGUACCAUUUACUAUUGGCAACAUCAUCCGCAUCGUAUUCAACUACUUGCUCCUUCCGGUUGUCUCGCUAUCCUUCUUCCAGUUUGUUAUCGCAGGCAGUUCACCCGCCUACACAACUGCUUUGGCUGCAGUGGUGAUUCUCAUCUUAAUCGGCUUUUCAAUCUGGGCUAUCCGUGUGAUUGUUAGUACCCGACCGCGGUCUCAUCUGUUCGAUGAUCUUCCAACGGUUCUCCUAUACGGUCCGCUUUAUAAUACAUUCUGCGAUGACGCGGCGGCUUUUGCCAUGGUACCAUUGUUUUUGACAUUUGCUCGAGGUGUCGCUAUUGGGGCUUUGCAGCCAUCGGGCAUUGCUCAAAUUGUGUUGCUCGCCAUCUGUGAAGUUGUCUCGGUGCUCACGCUCGUGGCUUUCCGACCCUUCCCCGGGCCGACCCUCAUGAAUCUGUAUCACUGCUGCUUUUCCAUCAUCCGGUUCUUGACCGUCUUGCUGAGUGUGGUGUUUGUUCCGUCUUUAGCGGUCUCCGAGGCCGCACGAGGCUGGAUUGGUUACGUGAUUCUUGUUCUGCAUGCACUGGUGCUUAUCUUUGGGUUCUUCCUCAACGCUCUACAGACCUUUAUCGAGGUCAUUGCGCGGCUUGCCGGUGCCGGUGGUGCUACUCGUGGCGGUUUGGUCAAGGUCUUUGGAAUGCGCCAGCUCUCGAGGCGUGCUCCUCAGCGCGGUAUCCAGCGCGAUAUUACUCGACAAAGUCUCGGAUCUGAAGCCGCGAUGCUCACCCAUGGUGACGAUCGCAUGUCAUCUCAAUUUGAUGGUUCUCGCCCUCGUAGCCUGUCAGGCAACUCGGCUCUUCUCCUUAGCCGUGCCAGUGAUGGCCGCGCAAGCCAGCUGCUUGACUACGCGAGUUCCCACGGCGGUACUCACAGCCGUACUGCGAGCAGCGGACUCUACACGCCUACGACACUCGGUGGACACACUUCCUACGGCGGAGCUGAAUCUCCUGUGAUUGGCAUGCAGCCCCGUGAUCCGUACUAUCGACCUCCACGGCCAGGACGGAGAACGCCCCAGCCCAGCUCUCUUGAUGGGGGUCGGGCACCGAAGACUAUAAUGAAGCCCAGCCGUGCUAUGGAUACGGAAGACGAUCUAGGAGAUGGCCCACCGGCCUCUGGCCGGGCGACUCCUACACCGGCCUACAUUCCAGCACCCAAGGAAGACAUGGAACUUGAAGACCCUCGCAAGCAAAAAGAUUAUGCCGUCCGAGAAGUCGAUUUUUAUUACCGUGUCCGCGGCCCGCCCCUCUCGCACAUGGGCACUCGUAAACUGAAGACGGGCCCAGCAGACCCGACAGGCCCAGUUUCUUCCGCAACAGGGUGGUUCCGGAACUUCUUCCAGGGAAAGACCAAGGAGAAAGGCAAGGGAUUCGAGGUGGUGCGGAGCGCAAGGGCGCCCCCGCCUGGUUUGUUUGACGGGGAGUUCAAUGAAGAACCGUACCAAGACGACCCCGAGGAUGGAGGUCAUUCUCGCCACGUCUCCACCGCCUAUAGCCCGUACCAGGACUCUGAUGGUGACCACUACAACCGGCAAUCGAGCGACCGUCCUCCUGUUCUACCGCAAGUCGAUUCCGUUGGCAGCAUCGAGCUUCCAAGCCGGAUGGGAUCCCGUCGCACCGUUCAGGAGUCACUAGCAGAAGAGACCGAAGAAUCACCUCAGACUCUACCUGCCGUCAUCGAAAUACCAGCCUCCCCCGGGUCCCAACGAACUGGGACUAUCUCACCCUCUGAACACCUGCAGCCGGAGUCCCCCACCACCGCGAAAAUGCCGUUCAGCGGAAGCAGCUCCCCCUCCCGUGAACGCAAUCCCUCCGUCGCAUCUACAACUCGAUCUGCCACCUCUAGCAGCCGCAGGAGCCACAAAAAUGUGCAAGAAGAUGGCCGCUCUGACCGACCUUCGAGCAUGGGGUAUGUGCCCCACUAUCGCAUGAGUGAUAACAUCACCCAAGCGAGUCCGGAUGAGCCCUCCUUCACUGGCAGUGCUGCAGAGCUAGUCGACGAGCCAUUACACGCCGAGCAUUGA